CACUGUUGAUUUGAAUUUCGAGUUGAGUAGGACAAAUUGUUCCGAAAAGGAGAUCAGAAGACGUUGAAUCAAACAUUUGAGAGAAUUGAGGAACGUGUCCAGUGAAAUCAAAAGAAAAUCCUUAUCAUUCCAACGAAACGAAUGCAGAAAAUUCAGAAGAAAGUGUUAACGUUCACAACCUCAAUGACAAUUUGAACUGCAGCGGAUCGCAAGAUUUCGAGGCGUGACUAAACCAUAUCUGGGAACAAAUGAUGGAAUUUAAAAAUUUAAUAUUAUCCCAAAUCCAGUAAUUGACGUUACCGAAUUCACAUAAUAUUCAGCUGAAUGUGCCCCAGUCUGGCUAUGUUUCCAGUGGGAGUAUUGAAAUGAGGAAUUUUCUGGUUCAACCAAGAACAGUGACAUAUGAUGAUGCCGAAGGAGAACAGUUGAAUUCGUCUACCAGCUCAUUUGGUGCCAUACCAAAGCCUUAGAAAAUAUAUCUGCUACCAAAAUUUACUGGCAUUCCUGAAAAAUGGGCUAUUUUAUUAUAAGAAUUUCGAUGCACUACGAGCGAAUUUGGCUAUACUCAAUGCAGAGCCUUAUGAGACUUCGUGAUUCAUUGAAAUUCAUCAAAUGUGGAUGAAACCGUGCAUAUGUUGGAAGUGACGUUUGGUCGGCCGGAGCUACUUAUAAAGACCCAAGUUUCUAUCUAUUCGAAAAAAUAGAUCUGUUGCUAUACGGCGAUAUGGAGGGUUUAGUGGUAUUUGCGAAUAAGAUAAUAAAUAUAGUUACUUUCUUACCAAAUGUGCAACUCGUUAACAAAUUGCCUCAAAGUCGACAAGUGCAAUGGGCUGGGCAAUGUUUACCGUUGAGUGGACCAACGACUGUUGCAGAUUUAAGUGUCUGGUUGCUUGCAUUGCGCAAAGUUGCGAACGUGGUUUUGGAUGCACUUCCGAAUACAGAAUCCACAAUCAAAAAGCCCGGCGACAAUAAGAAAAUAUACCAAACAUUAACUAUAGUUCAAAUGUGCGGCAUAUGUGGAGGGGGUUGCAAUCAAGCAGAUCAAUGUAACAUAUUUUUAAACUCUGACAUGGAAAACCCACUGAGAUUAUUAAGCGCUUACGUCUGUGUUUCUGUUGCCUUAAAGUUGGACGUAGAGUUUCACGAUGUUUUAAGAAGAAAUUCCUGUUACAUCACCUAGUUCUGGUCUGAUAAAAAUCAAAACAAUAUUAGAAUAGAUUGUUUACGGGCCGAAGAUGAUUCAUCGCAUGCGUUUUGUAAACGUAUUUUUAUGGCAAAUCGAUUGGAAGAAGAUAUGCAAAGUAUGAUGGAAGAAUAUUUUAACAUGGAAACCUUGGCCUAAGGCUGAUACCAAAACACUUACUUCGUAGGAAGAGAAGCGUGCCUUGGAUAUUGCUCAAAGUUCUUGGAUAUUGCUCAAAGUUCAAAGUUUGAGGAGUCUGAAUCCAUGAUUGAACAACGGGAUUAUCAAAGCUGGAUGGCGAUUAGCAAAUUGUACCAAUAAUUGAUUGGAAGAAGAUAUGCAAAGUAUGAUGGAAGAAUAUUUUAACAUGGAAACCUUGGCCUAAGGCUGAUACCAAAACACUUACUUCGAAGGAAGAGAAACGUGCCUUGGAUAUUGCUCAAAGUUCCAUCCAUAAGACUGACGAUCGAUUUAAGUGUAGUUUACUCUGGAAGAAAGAUUUUUAAUCAUCCGAAAGCUUUCGCCUUUGAGAAUAAGAUGGCGAAAUAUGCAGAAUACUCUCAAAAAUAUUGUAAAAGAUUGAAGAUUACUCGAAGAAAGAGUAUGCUAGAAAGUUGUCGAAAUAUGAAGUAUUAAAUGUAA